GACCGGCGCCAUUAUUCUCAAGUUGUCUGUGAACGUGACUGUGUCUGUUUUCUGCUUGUGUUACUACUCUUCGUCGAUCGUGUAACAUCACUACUGCGCAGUGUAAGGUUGCAACCGAAAAGUUAUUGGGUGGCUGAACUAGAUUAUAGAGUUCACUAUAACAAGACAUGGGGGCGAGGUCCCGGGAGUUGAUUCUGCUCCUGGCAGUAUGCGCACUUGCGCUUGGAGAUUCAGUAAAUAAGACGGCGGCAGGCAAUAAAAAAAUUGAGUCUGAUGAUUUCAUAGAACAGUACGAAGACUAUGAUGCCGGUCAAGAACAGGAAGUUCUCUUUAAUGAGGACAAACCCUGCCCCAGAGACUGCUUAUGCACUGUAUCCCAAGGAUAUAGAAUAGCUAAGUGUAAUCGUCUCGAAAUCGGGACUCAGAAAUUCGGCAAUGACAUCACAGAUCUUGUAGUCGAAAAUGCAGAAUACCCCAUUGUUCUCACAGAACAAAUUUUCAAAAAUCUAGGUCUUCACCAAGUUGCAACCAUAAAAAUUGUAAAUAGCACCAUCGAGUCUGUUGACCCUGGCGCUUUCCGUGGUCUAGAGGAAUUAUACGCGCUAACUCUGUCUAAUAAUCAACUUAAGAGGUUACACCCUAAUACUUUUGUUGAAAAUAAGAAGUUAUUACUCUUGACACUUUCUAGUAAUCCACUAAAACUUCCUCCUACUGGUUCCACUGAUUAUUUCUUAAAUGCAUCGACCGUCCAAGAGCUUAUUCUAUCUAAUUGCAAUAUACAGUAUAUAAGCGCUAAUACGUUCCAAAGCAUGCCUGGGCUUAUGUAUUUAGACUUGUCUAAGAAUCAGUUGUCUGGAAUGGAUGCUGAUACAUUCAAGAAGCUUUUAGAUUUAGAAGAAAUCGAUCUAAGCGACAAUAUUAUCAAGUCGCUUCCUGAUUAUAUAUUCUCAGAAAACACUGAGCUUGCUACUCUCCAUAUCGACAGAAAUCCAAUCGAUUCAGUUUACGGCUUACUAAUGUCGGAACUAUUAACUCUCACUGCAGGACAAACGAAUAUGAAAUUUAUUGGACCAUCUAUGUUUAAUGGAAUGAAAUACAUUGCUAAUCUUAACCUUAGUGGCAAUAAUAUUGAAAAAAUUCAUAAUCAAGCCUUCCACAAGUUAGUCGAGUUGAACUAUCUUGACCUCUCUUAUAAUAAUCUUACAUUUAUUUCUAACGUUCUUAUUAAAGAAAACAUCGAAUUAGAUGUAUUUAAAAUUUCUAACAAUCCAAAACUGAAACAAUUACCCAAAGAUGGUUUUAAUUGUUCUGCAGACCAAUUCAAUAUUUAUGCUUUUGAUGCCUCAAAUUGUGGUCUUGAGGAGAUUCAUAAUAAUUCUCUAAUGACUUUCACGGCUUUAACUACAGUUAACUUAUCUGGAAACAAAAUCCAGUCGCUAAGCAACAAAGUAUUCUCUUUCUGUCCCAAAUUGGUAGAAAUCAACCUAGCGUACAAUAUGCUCUGGUUUCUAGAUGUUAAAAUAUUCCAAAACAAUGAAGAACUCAGUAAACUAUAUCUUCAAGGCAAUCCGUUAAAAGUUCUUUCAGCAGAAGUAUUUGUCAAGACUCCAUCUUUAACUUUACUUGAUAUUAGUAAUGCUGACUUAACAACUCUUUGGAAAGAAGAUAAAAACCUUCCAAAAGAACUUCUGAGCAACCUCAAUUUCUUAAACAUUUCUCACAACAGAAUUAGUGAAUUAAAAGAAUCUGAAAUUGUUAGUUUUGAAAAGUUACGUACUCUAGAUGUCACUAAUAAUCCACUAACUUGCAGUCACGAAUUCGAAAAUCUAAUGAUUUGGUUAAGUAAACACAAUGUAUCGCCUAGCUCUAACAAAGCUAGCGUGGCUAAUUUGGGCGACGCUAAUGACAAGGAUGAUGACACCACGUAUAGCUGGGAAUUCCUCUCGCGCAAGACAUGCAGUAAUGCUAACUUCCUGCAUGCAGUAGAACCUUUGCCCGCUAUCUCUGAUGAAGAAAUAUGGGAACGAAUCAACAAAGACGAUGUAGAUGAUUUCGAUUUGAAAAAUAGUUUAGGCGAUAUUUCGUUAGCCGAAGAUGAGACUAAAAACAAACUCAGCGCUGACAAGAACAUUGAUGAUGAGGAUGUUAACAAUAAUGAUGACGAUGAUGAUGAAGAUGAUGCUGAUGAAGAUGAUGGAGAUGAAGACACAGAUGGCGAUGAGGAGGGUGACGAGAAUUCUGAAGAGGAGUACGACGAUGUCGACAUCAAGGUGAAACUGUUCGAAAAAGAAUCCACAGUAAAACCGACCUUAUCUAAGGCUGCCAUAGAAACAACAGAAAAGGAAAAGAUUAAGAUUAAUAUCAAACUGCUAGAAAAUGAUGUGUAUGAUGACUUAGCGCCAGAAACAUACAAGCAGGCAAGUGUUAUUAACGACCACGGCCAUUACGAUUACCUGUGGCCAAUGCUGAUAUCUAUCCUCUGUGUUCUAAUACUCCUCAUCGUUAUCGCAAAGGUUGUGAUGGUCUUAUGCAAGAAGAGAACGAAGCAGAUGAGAUAUAACAGUGCCAUAAUUGCUGCCAUGACACAACCGGGUCGUACGAAGAAGGACUGCGGUCUAGUAUACCAACAACUGUCAGAAGAUCUGACGGGUCCAGCGACGCCUAAACUGAACCGCUAUGCUCCCCUACACAAUGUCACCGUUAAUGCUUCCAACAUGUCGUAUGAGAGUAGUCCUUUCCAUCACAGCAAUAUUGUGCCCGAAGCAGUUUGAGCCGUGUGGUACAAAACAUCCAAUUAGUGUUUAAAGAAAACUAACAACUGCCUUAUUUCAUACAUGAGCAGUACGUGAUCGAAAUAAGCGCUAGUCAUAAACAAAAAGUUGAAAUGUUUUUUAAAUACAGUGCCUUCAACGAUCAUUUUCGAACAAUGUCGACCAAUAUUCGUAACUAGCGCAUCUAAAAAGUAACAAGUCAAAUUCAACAAAUUAAUUUAAGAUAUACAUAUUACUAUAUAUUAUACAAAUUAGUUGAUAGGUUUAUUUUAUGUACUUAAAAAUAAUAAAAAUUAAACCCUA